AAGUAAUUACUUACAUUUUUCUUCACAAAUAAGUCACAAGGUGAUGGUUGAAGGGCCCAGCCUCCUCCACCAUGUGACCAAGACAACUGUCCUCAUUGUCCAACCCUCUCCCAACCCUGACAUAUGAGUUUUGUUUUCCUCAGAAGUGAAACUGAAAAGGUGGAGGAGGGGCUUAGUGUUUGGUAGGGAGGUUUGUCUGAACUGGAUUGGCCAUCAGCUGCAUCUUUCGUCAGUUUCCUCUGAGCUUCGAACACAUAAGUAACCACAGCAUCCUGCUGCGACUCGGACCUUGUUAUCAAAGAUUUGGGACUUAUUUUAAACAUUUGUUUUCCAUUUGGUCCUUGGGUGUAUUUGGCAGUCAUCAUUACAGUGGAGGGAAAAGCAACAGUCUGCAACUGAGCAUUUGAAGUUGGAAGACCUAAAAAUGCAACAUGGAGUUCCAAAAAACUACCUGCAUGAAGAGAACAUCCCAGAAUAUCCUAAACCAGAGUUCUACGUGAGUCGUCUGAAACAUGAAACUUCAGGAUCAGCGCUAGGUGGGAUCAGGAACAAUGGGGGCUUCAGGAAUCCAUAUGAAGAACCCCUGAUAUGGUGGAGUCUGGCUGUGGGACCAGAUGAGAUAAAUAACGCAGAGACGAGGCUCCGGGAGAAGAGUUUCUCAGACCGGGGGAGGGUGGCUCCUGAGCAGCAGAGCUUCCUGUGGAGGUUUGCCACGUCUCCAGCCUUCAAGGAGACGUCCAGGCUGGGCUCCUUCCGCUUCACCUUCCCCCUGCAGGAGGUGCUGAUGGCCUACAGAGACCAGAUUUGUUCUGGAGCUGAUCCGGUCAUGCGGGUUUUACAGACUGAUUUGUAUAAACAGGAAGUGCUUUAUGCUGUUCUGGUUCACAGUCCAAACUUAAAUAAGAAGUUUUCAAAACACCCUCUACUGGAAAACGACCCAAACGCCAUUUGUGUCUACAGAGAUGGACACUUCAUCUGGAGGUCAGAGGCCAUGUGUGAGACUCACUGGUAUGAAUUUGAUAAAGAUCAGAUGGAAGCCAGACCUGUGUGGUAUCGCAAGUUUUACGUUUGGGACCACGUUGCUUUGGCCCUGCAUAUGGAGAAAGAAGAGGUGCUGAAGCUUGAUUUUGAUAAACCAGAAGAUUUCCUCACGUACUGUGAGAAAGAUGAUGUGACAUAUCGUAAGGAAUUUCAAAACCAUCAUGAAGCUAAUGAAUUGGUGAAGGAGUUGUGGCCAGAAUGGGUGGGUCCUCUGGAGGUGGAGCGUCCGCUGCAGAUGCAUUACGCAGUUACAGAACUCAAACUGGUUCUUAGUGGGAGCUGUGGAGAGGAAACCACCUCCACUGGAAACGCCUUAUAUGGGAGUAAAGCCUUUUGUUUUCCAGGCUUCUCACAUUCAGUUGAGAUGGAAGUGGACAACUUGGUGGUUAAAAUCAUCAAUACUCCAGAGAUCUCAGAAUUCACCUCACCACAAGCGAAAAAGAAAACUCUAGACGACAUCAGACUCUCCGGCCCUGCUCUUCAUGUCUACCUACUGGUCAUCGGGCUGAAGAACAUCAGUGCAAAUCUGAUCAGAGAGACUGUACGGAACUUUGAAUCAAAAUUUCAGAACAAGGCCUUAAGACGCACCAUGAUUCUUUUCACCCACCAGGACCAGACAGAACCAGACAUCCAGGAAAUUAUGCAAGAGGUUCAGCAAUUCCUGACUGAGAAAGUAGGCAAUAGAUACCUUGUCUUCAACAACAGCCUGGAGGACAGAGAUCCUCAAAAGGUCUCAAAUCUCCUGAAAGAGGUGAAGGUGAUUUUAGGGGGUGAUUGAAUGCUAGAAUGUUUUAUAUAUCAUCACCUUCAUUAUGGAACACCUAACGUCACUAAUCGUUAAAGAAUAAUGUUUUUCCUACAAACCCAACUCUCUGUCCAGGCUCAGCCUCUAUCUCAGCUUCAGGGCUACAGAGCUGCAGUGACUGAAAUCACUGCAGAUCAGACACCAAUAUUUUAUUUUUAAUGUUUAUGUUCAUACAGUACAGACCAAAAGUUUGGACACACCUUUUAAUU